AUGGAUUCUCAGCCCGACAGUCUCGACAUUGCAAAAUUAAAACGUUUUGCGCUUGGCUGCGACGAAACGGAUGUGUCUCAAUCGCUUGUGAGCGAGGCUGAAUCUCAAAUUUCAUCCUCUCUCAACGUCCUGCCUUUUACCACCGAACAUAUAAACGUCGAAGAACGUGUUUCGUUCCAUCAAAGCGCCUCUCGUGCGAAAAUUGCCGAGUCCGUCGUCGCUGUCCAAGUAGUUUCGUCUACGAACCACGAUGUGUACACAAGUACCGAGCGAGUCCUAAAUACACAAGAAGAGCCCUUGAGCACCGUUCCUGAAGCGAAUGUACACAAGAUGAGCGCUGGGGAUACCGCUGCCGGCGAUACUCAACCGAUUUCGCAAUCGAUUUUCGAAAAUAUUAUAUCGCGCGGGAAAUCUUUCCAACCUUCGCAGAGCAGUGAACAUGGUUUGUCAGAUUCGUACAAUGCCGGCCAGGAAUCUUUUCAGAUGACAGUUAAGGAAGGAGAAUCGGGCCAUAUAAAUUUACUAGCCGACUUUGAGUCAAAUAAACAAGCAGCAGCAAAACAGUAUAGUUCAGACGACGAGGCAAUCAGCUCAAAAGAUGGCCAAUCCUCUCCUCCACAAUUUCCGAGCCACAAUAGUUUCCCAGAGUCACAGCGUUUCCUGGAGACUCCAAUUACUGCAGAGAAGCGGCGGGAGCUUCCCAAUAUGGCAGCCACAACCCCGUCCCUUCCCCGGAACCCUCUUGCCGCCGAUAUGAGUUCCAGCGGUGGCAUUCUCUCCAUGAGCCAACUGUUCAAGGCAACCCAAACUCCUGUCUCACCUUUUGCAAAUAGAUUGCACUCCGGUCCGCUAUCAGAUCGUCCUUCCCCUGAUCUUCCUAUACAAGCUCGCCCAUUAGGCGGAGACGCAUCCUCUCCCUCUCGCACACCUGGGGCCAAUCUGACAAGAACUCACACCGAUCCUUAUUCGUACGUUUCCAUGGAUGAGUCGCAGAAGCGACGUGCUCAGAUAAGGGAGGAGCGACGAACUAGAUCAGCUGAAAAUAUUGACUCGGAAGAGCCAAUUGAUAGAGACUUUGAAGAAGAAUCAAGUCUUGUUCAACGGUUGAAUCGUCGAAGGGAUCUUGAUUUUGAGACAAGCUUGCGGCUAGCGUCUGUAACCCACGGAAGAUCGUCUAGUGAUUCUGCAGUCAAGCCAUCAAUGGCCUCAACUAAGCCUCUAAGUCGAGAGAACUCAGUGGAAGCGGAUGAAACACAAGAGCCUUCUGUCCCCCUGAAUGGUGAAGGCGUGAGCGAAGAAGAGACAGAUAAGGAGGGCACUGCCGAAGUUCCUCAAAGUCAAACUCGACAGGCCCCAUUAUCUUCCGAAGAGGAUAAGGAAAACCAUGUUGGACCUUACGCAGAUAUGGCACAGGCAACUACUGCUGCGCAUGAUCGUCUGUCGCAAGCGCUAGAUAUGAAUAACGACUCAGUGAUGACUGAUACACCUCCGGCAGAAAACCAUGAACUAGCAGCUGGGACUUAUGUCCAAAACUCGCAACAAGUGGUCAAUGUGCGAGAUUCUCAACCGUCACCAAGUCAGCGAGUAUCGAAACAUAAGAAGACCACAAGUCUAUUAUCCCAGGCUGAGUCUGUACAUAUUUAUUCGUCCUAUGACGAUUCAUCACCGCCCACAAAAAGGAAGCGUCGCCAAAAUAACAUGGAGCAUAAGGCUCCUCUAUCUCCAAGCAGACAAUCUGUGCAGCAGUCUCCGUCUGCGUCUGUGCGACCUCCGACUCGGCCUACGCUGCAUCAAGUAUCCUCCAACGACCCAGUCUCCUCAACUCAGAAUGCCACGGAGAAACCAUCUUCUAUGCCGUCACAUGUUGCCAACACUCCGUUGAACAAAGUCGGCUAUGACACUAUUCCCGAAACAAGUAUUCCUGAGUCUAGCCCUCACCGCAACCAGCGGUCCAUUCUAGCCCCAGGACCAUCCAAUCAACUACCCACGAUGCAGGAGGCAGAACAAGAAGAUGACGAUUUGCCUCCUCAACGUCACGUACGACAACGGAAUAGCGGCUUAGCCUCAAGAUCUUCCCCUAUCAAGAAGCCGAGCUUUUUAAUAGGUUCUAGCCCGGAAAAGGGAUCUAUCAAGUCUUUAUCGGAACUGUCUGCUGAGAUGUCACCUCAAUCAACUCAUGGCGAACCCAUCAACUUUGACGAUUUUUUAAACACCGAGGACCCUGAUUUCAACAUAAUGUUUAAAAGUCCUAGUCGUCGUACACCAAGGAAAAGACUUCGCACAACCCAAGAUUAUGUCAAUUCACAAUACGGCUCUUCUCCUUUGAAAAACGUGGAAUCUAAUUACACUCUGAAUGUAGAACAAUCUGCGCCUGCAGAGGAACAGUUUCAAUAUUCAGAACCUCCUCCCAUGCGCGCUGUGGCUCGCCGUCAGCGCGCUCGGCCAUCGCAGCUUGGUGAGGACUUGUAUGAGAUGGAUGGAUCACCUCGGGCUCGAAAGUCGACCUCAAAAACUCGCGUAUCUAUAUUAUCCCAACAUCUUUCACCCCAAAAAACGGUCCCGGAAUCUGUCCUCCCACAGCCAGCUGAAUCCUCGGCCCACAACUCGCAGCAUUCGGUCAAAGAGGAUGUGAAGCAAUUUCAAACAAAGCUGACGGAGCAAGCAGCUGAAGAAACACCUGUCGCUCCUUCUAGCACAAAAUUAUCAGUGAGGGAUUCUCAAGCCGAGAACCUCACAUCUGAUAUUCAGUCUCCAGAGCCAGAAGAGCCGAUCAUAGCUCCAUAUCAGGUUUUAGCCUUUUGGAAUGGUCGCAAACGUGCUUACUACCCUGCCACUUUCAUACAUGCAGACGAACCACGACGAUGCGUGGUAGGUUUUGUAGAUAGUGGACCUGUCCACGUUGCUCUUGGGUCCGUCAAGAGAUUACAAUUACGUGUUGGAGAUGCCAUCAAAGUUGACUUUCCCAAGGUGCCCAAGGUCACCCAUAUCAUCCGCGGAUUCUCACAGCAACUUAAGCCCGAGGAAUUAACACAGAGAAAUGAAUACGGCUAUCUGCCUGUUACGGAUAUAUAUGGAUACUCGACUGUCAUCGUUGCCGCCAAGCAGCGUAAGAGCAUUUCAGGAGGCUGCUACCUCGAGAGUGACCAGACAAUCGAAGUUCCAAUCUAUAGUAUCUACCUAGACAUGAUACUAUGGAAUCAGAUGAAAGGUCGCUAUUUUGUCGUCCCUGAGAAAGUCGAGCCUGCUCCAACUGUCCUGCAAACCCCAAGUCGAGGCGCUUCAACACCACUAUCACCGGGGUCUAAGCUCUCACGCACUCAUCUCACUAUACGCUUGGGUCUUUUCUCUGGAAUGGUGUUUGCCAUCUCCUUGGGCGACCAGGAUGCUCAUAAAGGUCGACUUGUCAAAUUAAUAUCCUUGAAUGGUGGCCAGAUCCUCGAAGACGGGUUUGAAGAACUAUUUGAGUAUCCUUCAAAUGCUCCUGCUGUCACACAGCCGGAAAAUUUGUCACAAGCCGGAGUUGCUGAAGAAGAAGUAGACUUCCAUCUAGCAUCCAAGUAUGAAAAUACAGGGUUUGCUUGCUUGAUUGCUGACAAACAUUCCCGUCGCGCCAAAUAUAUGCAAGCUUUAGCUCUCAAUGUGCCUUGUCUUUCUAGGAGGUGGAUCGAAGACUGCGUUGAGCAGAAUCGCAUCGUCAAUUGGGAACACUAUCUUCUGCCCGCUGGCGAAUCGAGCUUUCUUUAUGGAGCCAUCAAGUCCAGGGUGCUUACUCCAGUCGCCGCGGAGAAGGCUCUCUUUCCACAAACUUUCAAUGCUCGUGCGAAACUACUCGAUGGGCAGUCCGUGCUUCUAGUCCUCGGUCGUGGCAAGACAGAAGAAAGACACAAGGCUUAUAUUUUUCUUAUGUAUGCCCUGGGAGCCGCAAGGAUCGCGCGUGUUCUUGAUCUGAAGUCUGCGAAGACACUACUUCGAAAACAAGCCCACAAGAAGGAGGGACCCAGAUGGGAUUGGCUGUAUGUUGACCACAGUGAGGAGGCAGCAGCAGAGGCAAUUAUGGGCGACCCCUAUGAGACAACUAAUACAGGCAACAAGAGGAAGCGAUCCGCCUUGCUCAUGGAAGUUCAUGAGGACAAAGAAGCGUCUCCACGAGUUAUCAGCAAUGACCUCGUCUGUCAGAGUUUGAUCUUGGGGAAGAUUUGCAAGUAG